AUGCUGCAAGCGGGAUCCCUCCAAGUCCCUUCCACGGGGACUGGGCGCUCGCGUUUCUCGAAAGCGCUCCCUGCCAUCCCGGGCCUCGAUACAGGCCAUGUGGAGGAGAGCCCAGCAGUCUCGAGUUCGACAACCUCGCCCACCGCCGUCCUACCCUCUUCUGUAACUCCUCUCAGAUCUCAAGGCGGCUCAGAGCUCCCUCCCCCGCCUCCGCCGCCUCAUAACGACGACCCUCGAACACCGAUCCAGUUCACUCCUCUGCCUCCCAUUCCGAAGAAACGGAUUGCCCCAGCGACCCCGGGGCCCGCGCCUACCGAAGCCACGGCACCGGGGGCACCUGCGACCGGCCCGCCGAAAAUGAUGAUCCCAAGGCGUCCUGUCGGUGGCAGCAAGCAUACAGCCAGGAAGCCCUCAAUCACGUCGCCGGUGAGCCAGGGUGUGAUCUCGGGCCAAACUCAGGUUCAGGUUCCCGCCCAGCAGCAGCCUGCGCCUGCGCCUGCGCCACCAGUACAACAGCAGCAGCAAACUCCCUCCGAAUCGCUCUCAUCGCCGAAAGCAAGCGAACCCCCAGCUCAAUUCAUCCCGGAGAGGCCCCUCUCGCUAUCUGGACCCGAGACCUGGACCCCAAGAGUCAGGCAGCCGAAGGAGACGGGCAAGGAGACCACGCAGGCGCAUGGGGAACCUAAAAUAGGUACGCCCAACCAGGUGCAACCAAGGGCCGACCAUGCAGAGGGGGAUGACGUGCGGCCACAGCAAGCUUCCACGGCUCUCUUCCUGGAUCCCUCGCAGCCUCCCCAGCCACUCAGAUCGCCUGCCGACUCACUGCUGAGCAUCCUCUCUGCAUACUCGCGUAGCUCAACCGAGUCAGUCUACCGAUCCUCUGAUGGCACGUAUAGCACCCGCGACUCCCAUACGAACGAUGAGGGACUGGGCAUUCAUGCCCCACCUAUGCCCCCAUUGCAGGCCCAGGCACAGCCGCAGGUGCAGCAGGUACAGGCGCAGGUACAGGCUCAGGCACAGGCCCAGGCCCAGGCACAGGCUCCGACACCGAUCGUCGGGGCACCCUCCAGCAUCGAAGCUAAAACCAUAAACCACCUGCAUCCCGUAUCCACAAUCCCGGCCGUCAUUGACAGCUCACACCCUCAACCCGCACAACCUCAAGAGCAGCAGCUUUCCAGUCUUGUUGAGCCGCCUUCCUCCCCGCUACCGCCACCGCCUCCAACCAAGGACCCUGCGCGUCAGCUUCAGCGACCCUCCCCUGCUCCGGCUCCGGCUCCGGCCCCGGCUCCGGUAUCUAUCCCAGCAGCCUCAACCACACCCGAUCUCAGGGCUCACUCACCUCCAAGACAACAGCUGUGGACUCGCCGAACAGGUAAGGGGAGUCGCGAGAUUCCGGACUUGCAGCUGAAUCACAGCCACGGUUCGACGGCCAUAAAUGCCACCCCAUCACCUGCACCUACUUUCGCCACAACCUUCACCACAGUUCCCACGACACCCAAGUCUGUCGUUGGGCUUCGCAAACCGUCGCAAACACGGGCGGAUUUUACGACGACGGAAGCCCCACCCCCUCUCCCUCAGAAGCAACCGACAGCACCCACUGUUGAGCCUUCAACAGUGGCUGAGCAGUCUGCCUUUGCCCGAACCAUGGGCAAUGGAACCUCCAAGUUCAAGCAACUCAAGGACAAAUUGAUCAAGGACAAAAUCACCAAGGAUGUCUUCAGCAAGGACGUCUUUAACAAGGAUGUUUUCAGCAAAGAUGUAUUCAAUAGGGACAAAUUCCACUUCCCCCGCCGUUCUGAGGAUGCUGGCAGCCGUUCGCGAAAGAACUCGAUGAAGGACACGACAGCGCCGGAGCCUCCUAUUCCCGAUUUCCCCCAGCCCGGAAUGACGAAGUUCGAUCUAUCAAAAGCUAUGCCUAGCUUGCCAAAACAACCACCUACAGAGACUGCGAAGCCGGAACCAUCUCUACCGCCCUCGACCUCCCAGUCAGCCUGGCCAAAUAUCCCCAAGACAGAACCGAUUCCGGCACAAGCGAAAUGGCCAAUGCCGCCAACAGGAGGGCCGAGCCUAGCACAGGGGAACUGGCCUGAGCCACCGAAAGGAGGACCGAGCCUGGCGAAGGAGAACUGGCCGGAACCACCAAAGCAUGGGCGGAUCCCCUCACAAUCUGCCAAUGAAGUCGUCGAUGAAGUUCCCGAGAAGAAGGUGAACCAGGCACCUCCACGAUUAUCACUCGCAAAGCCGGGUUCUGGCUUUUUUGACCUGUCUUCCGAUUGGCUCGAGCAACACAGGGCGGCCCCAACUCAACUGGAAACUGUCGAGGAGCCUGCAAUUAAUGCCGUGCAGAGCCCUUCCUCCCUGCCCACCAAGAAACCUGUCAAGGAGCUCGUCGAGGAGCCCGUGAAGACAGCCAUCGAGGAACCCAUUAGGAAAGUACUCGACGCGCCCGUCAAGGGACCCAGCAACGAAUUGAAGGAUAACACCCAAAAUAUCCAUAAAGAGGCUUCGCAGGACUCACAAACUAAUGAUCAGAAAAACCGACCUACUGGAUAUCGGCCACCAACCCCGGAGUAUCAAAAGGAGGAUGUAAAGACUCCAAUCGUUGACAGUUUCGCCUCGCCUCUUUCUCCGGCCUCCUCUCCCGAGCCUCCCAAUAAUGAGUCCGCACAAGACUUGCCUAAGGCCCAGUCGGAAGAUCAGCUUACGGGAUUGAAAAAGGACCAGUUGGUGUCAGAGGUGAAGGUUGAGACUCAACCCCCACCAAUGAAACCUACCCCUGACCCUAUUCUCAAAGCUCCUCAACCGGUUUCAGCUCCAGCCCCAACAACUCCAAGAAGGCUUUCCCUUGAUAUGAGGGCGAGAGCUGGAACCCCCCCUCUGACUGAACCAUUUCCAUCCUACUCGGCCAUGCCAUUCUCUGGUCGCAACUCACCUGGUCUUUCCGGCCGCAACUCUCCCGGUCCAGACGGACCACGUGGUCGUCAGCCCGAGGGCUACUUCAGGCCAGGGUCAAGAAAUGCCUCCGUUCGCCCAGAGUCAAGAAGCGGCUCAGCUCAUCCUGACUCAAGACGACGCCUGGACUCCAUGAGAAGCACGGCACCGGAGCCUGACAGGUUCGUUCGCUCAUCUUCAGGCGAGCUUCUCUACAGAGGACGAGACGGAACACUCUAUCCGGAGAUGAAGGAGCUUCGGGAACCCGACCCCAAGGCCGCGUAUUUCCCAUCACAGAAUAGCGAGCCUGUCGCCGAGGGUGCGGUUUUCCAGGCGGUGCCUCUUAGAGACACGCACUACCGCUGCUACCAAGCUCACAAAUCCAUGCUGCGGCGCAACAAUAAACACUACCCUCUGGCCUGCCAAGCUUGCCAGAAGUCGGAUACGGAAGAUCGAUGGGCCUGUACUUUCUGCUCCCUGAGAAUAUGCGAAUCCUGCGUGGGCGUUAUGGAAUCUAAUAAGAAAGACCUGGCUUCUCUAAUGCACAGCUUGGCUGGCCAAACGCCUUCCGCCAGCUGA